AUGGUUGUAAAGGUGAAACCUUCUACUUCGGUGUACACCCACUCAUGUCUCCGUCAAUGGCACGGUGGUGGCAAUGUGAGGCACGGUGGUGGCAAUGUGAGGCACGGUGGUGGCAAUGUGAGGCACGGUGGUGGCAAUGUGAGGCACGGUGGUGGCAAUGUGAGGCACGGUGGUGGCAAUGUGAGGCAUGGUGGUGGCAACGUGAGGCACGGUGGUGGCAAUGUGAGGCAUGGUGGUGGCAAUGUGAGGCAUGGUGGUGGCAAUCCUGCUAUCUUCCUCCCCAUCCUAUGUCCCCUGCCUGUCUCUUCCCGGGACAGCAACCUUGCCAACUGCUCUCUAAGUGGCUACAUCCCCGCCACAUUCAGUUCUCUCACGUCCCUAUCGCUCCUUAGCCGUCUAUCUUCUUCCUCCCACAACCCCUACCACCCCAACACUACAACCACUCCUCACCCCUUUGCACACAUCUGUCUCGGGCUCAUACUUGCCUCUGUCAUUGCCUCUUCUUCCCCCUCACAUGUAACCCAGGCUCACCACUUUAUCCCUCUCUCCACCCCUCCUCAGCCCGCAAUCCUCCCCAUCCCUCCUCUCCUCUUAUUCCGCUCUCCCCUCCCCCACACCUCUCGCAUCACCCCCAUCCUUUCUCUUUCCUUCUCCCUUUCUCAUCCCUCUUCCAGCCUUUCCCCUUCUUCCUCCAACUCUCCCCUUUCUCCUAUCCUUCUCCACACUCCUCUCCUGCUGCCCCAUCAUAUCUCACCUCCCACGAAGGGAUCUGAGUCACAACACUCUAUGGGGCACCGUGCCAUCGUUCCUCAGCCUGCUGGAGAACUUGAGGCGCCUGUGAGUCGCUGGCCUGGAGCUUAA